AUGAGACGGGACUAUCUACCAGUUGAGUCUCUGCCAUCGUGGGCGAAGCUCAAUAGCGUCUCUAUUGACGGGGUCACUUUCCAGAAGCUUCACGCAGACGACGGGACAGACAAGGGGUCUGCCAUCAUAGCGACCGAGCAGAAAGGAAACGGGUUGGAUACAGAUGAAGCUGAGGCUGAAGCGACAACGCUUCUCAGAGUUCCAUCAGAUUUAGUUCUUUCUCUUGAAUUGGUUCAUCAACAUGCGAAGACGGAUCACUACCUUCGAGAGGUCCUGGAUGCUGUUGGCGAUUUUAGUAGGACAGCUAGAGGAGCCAUCAUAAUCUUCCUAAUUCUCCAAAUAACACAUUGCAGCCCAGACUUUGCCGAUGAGCACCAGACGAUCGGCAUCUCCAAUCCUUGGACGGAGUAUAUCAGAUUUAUGCCCCCCUCCAUACGUCUACCGACCUUCUACACGGAGGCAGAACUCGAGCUACUGCGAGGUACGUCAUUGCGGACCGCAGUUUUCGCGAAACUCGCCUCCCUUGAGAAAGAAUUCGAGCGCCUUCGCCAGUCCACAGAGGGUAUACCCUGGUGUCAAAAGUAUUGGUGGGACGAGGACACGGGCCGCUUGACAUUCGAUGACUGGAAGUACGUUGAUGCUGUGUAUCGGUCGCGGGUGGUGGAGCUGCCUGAGAGCGGGCAUGCAAUCGUCCCGUGCGUUGAUAUGGCGAAUCAUGCUUCAGAGGACUCAGUGAAAGCACGGUAUGACGAAAGUUCAACAGAAGAUGCGUUACUUCAGCUUCGACAAGGAAGGAGAAUAUGUUCUGGUGAGGAAGUCACAAUUUCGUAUGGCAGUGAGAAACCAGCAUCAGAGAUGGUGUUCUCGUACGGGUUCGUUGAAAACGAGAGAACCGAUGCAAAACAGAUUUUCCUUGACCUGGAAAUUCCUGACGAUGAUCCCUUGAGGAUGGCAAAGCAGAUGUUCUGUAAAGAGGCACCGGGGGUACGAGUGUGCAGGAGUACUUCGACAUCGCCAGAUUCGGGGCAGAUUACUUGGGACAGUCCCUUUGUUUGGUGGGCCUGUGUCAAUGAGGAAGAUGGUCUCAACUUCACGGUAGCGCAAACCACCGAUGGAGGCCGAGAACUACGAGCUAGCUGGAAAGGGGAAGACAUGGAUGUUCCGAGUCGCCUCAAAGGUCUCCUGUCAGCAGAUCCUUUGUGGGAUAUCUACCAGCUUCGUGCGGUGGUACUUAUACUCGAGCGACUGGAAACCCAGCUCGUUGUUCUACGCGAGACUGAGAAGCUGGUUUCCGAAAUUAACAGUAAUGAGGAUAUGCGAGCCCUGUUCAGACCCGAUGUCCUGGCCACAGUAUCAAAGUUACGAAAAUUAGAGGCUGAUUUGCUGGAUACGGGCAUCGAGGACCUCAUGAAAAGGAGACAGGAAUUGAUAGCCUCCGAGGCGGUCACACUGUAUCUCAAUCAACCGGCCGAAGACGUAGAAGAAGACUUUUCGUGA